AUGGUUGGUUGUAAUGUCUCGUCGGUGGCGUGUAUCUCCUCUUUUAUUAUUGCCAAAAAAGUGGUUGUGAACGUGAUCGCCACCUUGGUAAGGAUGGGCGAUUUAUGCCCCAAACCAACUUUGAUUAAUUCAUCCUCUUUUGCCAGUGAUUGGAACCCUAUAUUGAAGAGAGCGGUGUUUGAUCGGCGGAAGAUGGAGGAAGGGAAACUGAGAGAGCUGAAGCAAUUCAUAGAGACAUGCAAAUCCAAUCCCUCACUCCUCCACAACCCAUCCCUUUCAUUCUUCAAGGCUUAUCUUCUCAGGUUUUGCUUUCUUCCACUUUCAUCUCUUUCCCCAAUUCUCACUCACUCACUCACUCACUCUUCUUCCUUUCUCUCUGCUUCAGCCUCGGUGCUCGCAUCCCUCCCCAACCAAAAACGGUGA